AUGUCUCCCGUAGCCCUCGAGAAAGAAGACCACGUCCGCGAUGCGGAAUUCAAUAAGGCCAUGCACGGCAAAUCUGCCCAGGCCGAGGGUGGCUUCAGGGCCAUGCUGCAGAAGGACAAAGCCGCACAGAAUGCCGCCGUUGACGAGUACUUCAAGCACUGGGACAACAAGGCAGCGGAAGAUGAGACUGAGGAAACUCGAAAGGCUCGUCGCGACGAAUAUGCCACGCUCACCAGGCACUACUACAACCUUGCCACCGAUCUGUACGAAUACGGCUGGGGACAGAGUUUCCACUUCUGUCGCUAUGCCUUCGGCGAAUCCUUCUACCAAGCCAUCGCCCGCCACGAACAUUAUCUCGCGCACAUGAUGGGCCUCCGUGACAACAUGAGAGUGCUGGACGUUGGAUGCGGUGUCGGUGGUCCCGCUCGGGAGAUUGUCAAGUUCAGCGGUGUCAACGUCGUGGGUCUGAAUAACAAUAACUAUCAAAUCGAACGUGCGACCCGGUAUGCUGAAAAGGAGGGUCUCUCACACAAACUCUCUUUCACGAAGGGUGACUUCAUGCAAAUGCCGUUCCCUGACAACUCCUUCGACGCCGUUUAUGCCAUUGAGGCAACGGUGCACGCGCCCUCUUUGGAGGGCAUUUACAGUGAAAUCUUCCGUGUGCUCAAGCCAGGCGGUGUCUUCGGCGUCUACGAGUGGUUGAUGACAGACAAUUACGACAACGACAACCCUCACCACCGCGAAAUCCGUCUCGGCAUCGAGAUCGGUGACGGUAUCUCCAACAUGGAGAAGGUUGAGGUCGCUCUCAAGGCUAUGGAGACUGCAGGCUUCGUCAUGGAGCACCACGAGGAUUUGGCAGAUAGGGAUGAUCCUUACCCGUGGUACUGGCCUUUGUCCGGCCAGCUCAAGUACAUCGCCAGUGUGGGUGAUAUCUUCACCAUUGUGCGGAUGACCAAGCUCGGACGGGGACUGGUGCACAGGUUUGUCGGCGCUCUAGAAACUGUCGGCCUUGCCCCACGCGGAACACAAAAGACUGCCGACAGCUUAGCACUGGCUGCCGACAGCUUGGUCGCUGGCGGUCGCGAGAAGCUCUUCACUCCCAUGUACCUCAUGGUCGGCCGCAAGCCGGAGAAGGCUUAGGUUGGAUCAAGUUCUCUUUCAUCUUGUUCUGCGUUGGCUCGAUUGUCCACUUCUUCAAGGUGGAGCAUUUGGUCCACUGUUCACUUCUCGCUUUCGCCCGCAACGGUGAUUGC